ACGUUCACAAGCUCUCAGAGGACGACCUGAAGAAGAAGGUCGCCAGCAAAGUCAAGGCUGACGCCAAGCCUACCGCUCAGCCUAGCUCCUAGACUGUCUUCUCGAUACGGCAGCACCUUCAGUCGUCCCACUUGGCACCGGCCAGUCUUGUACGCUCGACCAGCUGAUCGAUCACUGAGACAUGGAUGAUAUGAACGUUAGAGUGGGAAGGUUGGCACAUCGGUGUUUUGUUUGGCUCUUGCACAUUGGCGCUGAAGGAGUGGGCGGCAGCUGUUUCGUUUGUUUCCCUUCUGUUCCCGUUAUUUUGUUCGUACCUUUCACACCAAGCACACCUUCCAGGAAGGUGGUACUCACGGUUGGAAGGCCCUCAUGUUGGUGGCGCAAAAAUUUCAUUAUUCCCUUCUGUAGACUAGACCUUGCACUAAUACUUGCUUCUUCCAACCAUAUCGCUCAUGCUGUCCUUUUUAGUAAACUCUUUCCUAUGCUUCACUGUCCAUCUCACUUACUGCUCUGUUGCUUCGCGGGUACCUUCUCUUCUUACGGAUAUCGACCACAGAUACAGCAAAUGACGUGGGCUUAAUAGUUGCGCUUUGAUGUUUGGUCCGACCCAAUGAUGCAUGAGACCAAGCAUAUCUUCUUACGCAACCCAGCAUUGUCAAGCUCAUCUU